UAUAUAUUUGAUGUCUCAUGAGAGCACAAAUAUUUCCAUCAAGAAACAUAAUAAUAAUUAAUCGAAAAAAAAUGCAGCAUCAAAUGAAAGAUCACAAGGACACAAUAAAAAUGGAACGAAGCGAUAGUAUGAAGCUAAAGGAGAAGAAAGUGAAAGAUUUAAUGAUGAAUAAAAAAAGACUAGUGGAAGUACCGUACACAGCUUCACUUGCACAAACAAUGAACACACUUGUUGCAAACAAUGUAGUAGCAGUUCCGGUGGCUGCGCCGCCAGGUCAAUGGAUCGGAGCAGGAGGGUCGAUGAUCGUGGAGGCGGAUAAACAAACGGGAGCUGUAAGGAAGCAUUAUAUAGGGAUGGUUACUAUGCUUGAUAUUGUUGCUCAUAUUGCUGGUGAUGAUCAUUUGAACGGUGGUGAUGAUGCCACGGAAGAUCUUGAUCAAAGGAUGUCUGUUCCUGUUUCUUCUAUCAUUGGUCACUCUUUUGAAGGUCUUAGCUUGUGGACUCUCAAUCCUAAUACAAGUGUGUUAGAUUGCAUGGAAGUAUUAAGCAAAGGAGUGCAUCGUGUUAUGGUACCAACAGAGAGUCAAAUAGAAAACAUAUCAGUUGGUGUUGAACUUGUUGAGACUUCUUCAAGCUACCAAAUGCUCACUCAAAUGGACCUUCUAAGGUUCUUGAAAGAUCGUGACAAUGAAUUACAGAACACUCUGCAUUCACACUCUGUUCAAGAUUUGGGAGCUAUAACUGAAAGGAUUUAUGCCAUCACUGACAAAACAAAACUCAUUGAUGGAAUCAAGUGCUUGAAAGCUGCUAUGUUGAAUGCUCUUCCUAUUGUUAGAGCUUCUGAUCUUAGUCAAGAUGAUCAUGUGCAACAUGUCAAUGGGAGAUGCAGGAAACUUAUUGGUACAUUAUCUGCAACUGAUUUAAGGGGAUGUUACAUAAACACAUUGAAAUCAUGGUUGGGAAUAAGUGCAUUGGCAUUCACUGAACAAAUUGCAACAAGUCCUUUGUACACAAAAUCGGAUACACAAAAUGACAUUAGUGCCCCUAAAAGGGAGCUUGUGACAUGCUAUGCUGAAUCAACUUUGUAUGAGGUAAUUGAUAAGGCGGUUACAAAACAUGUUCAUCGAAUUUGGGUGGUUGAUCAACAAGGUUUGCUUGUUGGUGUUGUGUCUCUCACUGAUGUAAUUAGAGUUAUAAGGCAAUCUCUGCUAUCAGAUUCAGAUGCAUAAUAUGUUACAAGGAAUGUUUUGUGUUGGUGAAAAUAUUGCAGCUAUCUGAAUCAAUGUUUUGCUCAGUUAAUGUAUACGGUCUAUGUAAUGAUAUGAAAUGCUAAGAAACUUUUUUUUUUUUUUCUAACCAUCGUCAAGUUUUUCUUUA